UAGAGAAGAAAGCGCGUUCCUUUAUUUAUAGCAUAGUCAGAGUUCGAAUUAAAAUAAUUUAUUAGUCGUAAUUAUCUUAUUUUAUUUCUAAUAUAAAUAGUUAAUCGAAGCUAAGUAAUUAUUAUCACUUUUAUGUUUUAAGUGUGUCAUUGUUUCCUAACAAGCAUGUCAGAGUAAAAACAUCAAGGUACAACUACAACUUACAAGUGGCAUGAAAACGGGGCUAACAAAGAACACUAGCGUGGUAAAAUGUUUGAACGGUUUCACGUUUUUUGUGUGAGUCUUAGUUGGACAUGUGAAACUUUUUUUUAAGGGUUGUUGUUCCUUCAAGAAGUCCACCAAUGAGUAUUGGUCAGUCAGAUUCCAGAAUGGCUUCCCCUACUCUUUCUUUGCCAGACUCGACAGCCUUUAGUUCUAUGUCGGUCAGUACUGACCACAGCUUGGAGGAUAGCCCUUCCACAAAGUGUCCUCUUUGUCAAGAAAUGUAUACCAUCCCCAAAGUAUUACCAUGUCUUCACACAUUCUGUCAGCCUUGUCUUGAGAAGAUUCAAGAAUCUCCAGAUAAGAUCAAGUGCCCACAUUGUCAAGAAGAAUGCCUAUUGACAGCUCAAGGUGUGUCUGGUCUUCUCUCAGAUUAUGCCAUUAGCAAUAUUUUGGAGGUAAAUGCUAUGGAAGCAACAUCACUUUCAUGUACUGGCUGCAGAACUAAAGAAAACAAUGCAGUUGCUCGCUGUUUUGAUUGUGCCAACUUCUUGUGCUCAAACUGUGUGAUGGCUCAUCAGUUCAUGCACUGCUUUGAGGGACAUAGGGUUCUCACUUUGGGAGAGUUGCAGAGUAGUAAGGAUGGCACUAAGGCUGAGAAACCUAUCUUUUGCUCCCGACACAGAAAUGAAACUUUGGAGUACUACUGUCGAACAUGUAAUAUUCUCAUUUGCAAGGACUGUGCUAUUGUUGAACAUCCAAAAGGCUUACACAGUUUUGACCACUUGGAUGAAAUUGGGCAUAAGCAGGUUGAGUUUAUGAAUUGUUUGAUUGAAGAUUCCAAGUUGAAGAGCACAGACUUGCAGAAUAAUUUGAAAACAAUAGAGCAUUCUACCAAUAGUAUUCAAGUCCAGUAUGAAAAAGCACAAAAAGAAAUCAAAGACACUUACCAAUUUUACUUCUCAGUUUUAGAAGAAAGGAAGAGGGAGAUUUUGAAAGAACUUGAUGAUGCUUAUAACUCAAAAAUAGUUACUAUAUCAAUGCUUGGUCAGAAAGUUCAAGAGAAUGUUGACAAAAUUAUUGGGAUGUGUGAGUUUGUGGAAAAAAUAAUGAAGUUCUCAAGCAAUGCAGAAAUACUUAUGUUUAAGCAAUUGUUGUCUUCAAAAUUUGAAAAUAUUCUUGGAUUCAAUCCAGUUAUUGGGUUAAAUUCAUUCGAUCUUGAAUUUGUAUCUAAUUAUCAGGCCAUCCAAGUUGGAGUGCGAAAUACAUUUGGUUAUCUUCGGCAAAAUUCAGAACUGCAAACAGAAGUCAAGCCACAACCAAUUGCUAGGCCAAAUUGUUUAAUUAGAUCAGAACGAUCUUAUCAAAAUGGCCAUAUGCUUGAAUCCCACAUAAUUUCUAAACAAUUUGGAUCUGCUAACACUUCUGGUUCUUUUCUGACUAAUCUGGGAGAUCUAAGUUCUUAUGAGAAAUGGUCAAAUGCCCCUAGUGACAUAUUUCAAAAUAGUUCAGAUACUUUCUUGGUUUCAAGUGACCCUCUUUUUGACUUGUCAUCAAAAUUAGUAAGCUCAAACAUCUUUCCUUUAAAGUCUCAAAUAAAGCGUCAGAAGAUGAUUUACCAUUGCAAGUUUGGGGAGUUUGGAGUAAUGGAGGGUCAGUUUACAGAACCAAGUGGUGUAGCUGUGAAUGCUCAGAGUGAUAUCAUAGUAGCCGACACCAAUAACCACAGGAUCCAGAUCUUUGACAAAGAAGGUCGGUUUAAGUUUCAGUUUGGAGAAUGUGGGAAACGAGAUGGGCAGUUGCUGUAUCCCAACAGAGUUGCAGUUGUAAAGGUUUCUGGUGAUAUUAUUGUUACUGAGAGAAGCCCAACACAUCAGAUCCAGAUAUACAACCAGUAUGGACAGUUUGUCCGCAAGUUUGGAGCCAACAUCCUCCAACAUCCAAGAGGUGUGACUGUUGACAAUAAAGGUCGUAUUAUCGUGGUGGAGUGCAAGGUGAUGCGUGUUCUUAUUUUUGAUCUUUUGGGUAAUGUUCAUCACAAAUUUGGAUGUUCCAAGCACUUGGAGUUCCCCAAUGGAGUUGUCGUUAAUGACAAGCAGGAAAUCUUCAUCAGUGAUAACAGAGCUCACUGUGUGAAAGUGUUCAGUUAUGAGGGGUUCUUCUUGUGGCAGAUUGGUGGAGAAGGAAUAACCAACUAUCCCAUUGGUGUGUGCAUCAGUCCUCUUGGAGAAAUUCUAGUGGCUGAUAAUCACAAUAAUUUCAACAUUACCAUUUUUACACAGGAUGGGCAGUUGGUCAGUGCUCUGGAAAGCAAGGUGAAACAUGCCCAGUGUUUUGAUGUGGCUCUUGUGGACGAUGGUUCUGUAGUAUUGGCAAGCAAGGAUUAUCGACUCUAUAUUUAUCGAUACCUCCAGUCACAAGGAAAUGUGUUGUGAUGCUGACUGGCCACAGGAAGAUGCACAAGAAUCAUUUGAAUGGAGGUUACAUUGUACAGGCACAAAGGUUAACCGUACUAGAGGAAAAAUGUUAUGUUAAUUUGGUUUUAAUCUACAGUGAUAUUUGAGUGAAUAAAAAUGUUUUUUUCUAAUGUAAGCUAAUUGAUGGGUUUGUUAGUAUUGUGGUAAAUCCUACCCCCACAUAAGAAGUAACCUUGUACAAUUUUUCUUUUUAAAGAACAAAGGUUCUUAAAACAAAACUUAAUUAUAUUAUCACCCAGUUUUGUUUUUAUUGGGAGGCAACUCAAACUUUUCUUGGGACUUUUUUUUUUUCUAAUAUAGCCCUAGUCAUCAAGUUAAGUAGGGAGCUUAUAUAUUUUUGUGUUGAAUCUAAGAGUUACUAAUAUUGUUUCAUAAUAGUUUUAUCUUGUUUGUUGUGGUGAACCUCCAAACAGUAACAUAUUUGUCCAUAUAUGCCUGUGAUCUCUGUCCAUGGGACCACUUGUUAAAACUGUUCUUGAACUGAACAACUUUGUGUAUUCUGUUUAUUUCAGAAACAUCAAGAGCAGCUAGUUUAUGAGCCUGUGAAGUUUUUCUGAAUGUGGAAUCAUGUUUUGUUUGUUUUUUUUUGCUGAACUUUAGCAUCCUGCACCUAGAUGAAACUGGAAUAUUUAUGAUUUUGUAUACUUGGGUGCCAACUUUUUUAUUUUAAAUGUUUAAAACUCUUGUGUUGAUCAUAUUUAUUUUUGUUUUGAGUACAACAAAAAAUUCAGUUAUUGUAUUUAAAGUAGUUUCUGAUGCAUACAAUAUAUAUAUAUAUAUGUGCAUUACGAGGUGUAUAUUAAGUUACAACUCUCUGUGUCCAGAGUGUACUUAGUCUACACUUCUGCCUUUACUUGUGUCUAAUACAUACAAUCUAUGUGCAUUAUGAGAUGUAUAUUGAGCUGCAACUCCCUGCAUCUGGAGUGUACUAGUCUACACUUCUGCCUUUACAUGUGUCUGAUGCAUAAAAUCUACACGCAUUAUGAGAUGUAUAUCGAGCUGCGUCUGGAGUGUACUAGUCCACAUGUUCUGAUAAACAUCCCAACUAUUAUAAUUGCCUUGUUUAUCAUGUUACUGUAUAAGAUUGUUUUUUAGUAGUGUGGAUUUCUUUUUGUGAAUUAGAAUUUUGUAGAAAAAAGUUUAUUUUUAUUUUUAUAGACUUUCUUUCUCUAUCAUGUAGUGUAGGUAUGUAGAAUUUCUAGUGAACUUGUUAAAAAACCUUACUUAAUGAGUUGUGAUUUGAAACUUGAAGUGUUUUAAUCCAGACAAUCUCAAUAUAUAUAUAAUUUUGUUUUUCUAUUUUAUGCAGAUAUACUUAAAAACACCUCUUUACUGCAACCAUUGAGAGAUAUGUGUAAUUUUGCAAAUUUGAAAAGGGUGACUAAGUAUAAAGUGUAAGCAAAGUUUUUGAAUUAAGUAAAAUUAUAAAAAAUUUGAAUUUGUUUGUGAUGCUUCUUAGCUAGUUAUAUUCUGGACAACCGUAUAGUCACUCUUUUUCUAUUAGCAAUAAUAACUUGAUUUAUUGAGGAAAACUAGUGUUGCUAGCCUUUCUUAAUAGCAUAAUAUUAAAACAUUGAUUGAAUCAGAUCCUUCUAAUUAAUCAGUGAAGAAAUAGUUAUUUGAAAGUAAUUUUGUAAACAGUUUUCUGCUGUAUUUUUGAGAGAUUGUUUUCAGGAUUUUCUAUACUUUUUUAUGAUUGAUUAUUUAAUGUGUAAUAUAUUCUUAGCCUAGUUAGUCAUUUGAACGAUUAACUGAUCUCAUAAAAUAAACUUAAUUAUCCACAUUGUGUGUGUUAGUGAAGUGUAUGUGCUGUAAUUAGUAUUGAAGAAUAUGAUAAAAAAAUUUGUAAUAAUACUUGUUUGAUUCAAAAUGGUAGUAUUAUUAUUAUUAUAUGUUACAGUUUUAAUGAAGUGUUGUUCUGUAAUUUAUUAAAAUUUCAGAUUGUGAGUUUUCCACGUGCAGUAAUUCAAGGUUUUGUUGAGCAUUGGAACAGACAUUCAGUGUGGUGUAUAUGAAAGCAUAGGAAGGGUAAAAAAAAACUGCUCAGUUCCAGCAUUAAAUUAUGUAAACAUAUCUUAAUCUUAAACAGUUGAGUUAUUUAUUACAAAUGUGUUUUUAAAGUUUUUAUUUUGUAAAUUUCCUUGUUAAAAAAGCACUAAGAAUCUAUGGUAACAGAAAAACCUAAGGAGCAAAUUGUAUAUUUUUUUAUUAUUUGUUCAGAGAGCUUUACUUCUAUUUGUAGGAGUUUUAUAUAUUAAAACUAAACAUUGCUUUAUUCCUUUGAAUGAGAAUCAAGCUUUGUAGUAAACCAAUUUAUUUUGUAGAAAUAUUUGAAGAAUUGUUUUAGUAGUUUUGUGUGUUUUGUGAUUUUUAAUUUUUUUUUAAAUUGUAUUAUGUUAAAUUACCCUAUUUUGUAAAGGGAUUUUGGAGUUUAUUGUUUAUUUCACUGGUUAUUGCAUCUCUUUUUUUGUGGGUUCUAUGUAGAACCCCUCCCCAUCUAAGCAUGACAGACCCUCCAAAAAAGCACAGAUAUUAUGUGUUGGAUUAAUAUUAGAAUUUAAAAAGAGUAAAUUUGAAUUUCAUAUAUUGCAUUUUAUUUAAAUUUAUUUGUGCUUUAUAGAUUAAUUUUUAACUCAACUUCUCAAAUUACUUGAAGUGUAUACAGAUGUUUUAUUAUUUUUUAUAAUUGCUUAUUGGAUAAUUGUUAUAACUUUUAUCAUGAUAUCUAAAAACAAAUAUGUGAUGUUUAUGAUAUUGAAUCUUCUGUGAAGUGCUUAUGCCAGAGUAAUUUUGUUACUUGUGUAGACAUCAUGCUUUGAUGAAACAGCCACAACAAAUUGUUUGAUUGUUAAUUUAGUUUUUUAGGAAAGAAAGACUGUUUAUCACAAUAUUUAAUAUCAUUCCAGAUAUGACUGCUCAAUAGGGUGUAAAUUAGGCAAUACCCAACUGAAAAGCUGAAUUAUUUGAAGUAAUAAAUACAUAAAAUAAUUUUUGAUAACUAAAAAAAAAUACAUUCUUUAAAUAGUAGAGCUGUUGUGGCUUUCAGUAUUGUUAAGAAUUGUAGAAGAAAUUGGCUUCCACAUUAAGCGAGCAUGUGUGUAGUUAAAGGUUGCAUUUUCUGUUUCAUACUUCUUCUAAGGUGAGUAAUGAACCAGAAUCAGCCUUUCCUACUUUUUUAUACAUAAAAUACUUGUACUGAGAUAACAUUCCUUUUGAUAAACUAAAUGCCCUUCACUUUUUUUUAAACCAACCCUCACUUUAUAUUCCUUUUUUCUAUAGCUAAAUUGUAAAACAUUUUGACUUUUAUGAUGAUAGAGCAAGUAAGAAAAGUAAACGUGCAGUAUUUUUCUAGAUUUUAAAGUCCAGUUUACCUCUGUAUUUUGUGAUACAUUAUACUAAGUAUCAUUACAGGUUGUUGUACAUCAAACCUGUAAUGUUUUCAUAAUUAAAAAUGUCUAGUGGUUUAAAAAUGCUCUUCCCGUCACUGCCGAUAAAAUGUCGUACACAUUUCUGAAGAACUGUUUGAAACAAAGCAUACUUGGAAUUUGAAAACAUGGCAUAAAACCCACUUCUGUUUUCUGAAAACAUUGCAAACUGGGUUGUAGUCCAAAAUGAAAAUUUGAAGUUGCUUUUACUCAUAAAGUUCCUUUUCAUAUUCGAUGCAGAAUCCAGUAUCAAAUUCAAAAUGUUACUUGACUUUUCUACUCCUCCUGCAAGUUUUAUUUUCCUUAGUGGUUUAAAAAAUUGAUGAUAAUGUGGUGUUAUUGGAGAUUUUUUAUUGUGUUGCUUGACUGUAGUAGCAUUACAUUUAAUAAAGUAUUCUUGUUUUUGUC